GCGCUAUGGCCGCCGCCCCAUCUUGCUCGCUGGAUUGAUUGGUUGGCUGGCUUGAUUGGUUGGCUGAAUUAGUUGAUUAGAUUGAUUGGUUGAUUAAAUUGAUUGGUUGAUUAGAUUCAUUGGUUGGAUUGAUUGGUUGGUUGGAUUGAUCAAUCCCCCACGAUGGAACGGAGGGAGUCCGUCGGGCCAAAGAAUGGCGUUACGUUCCGGAAGGCUGGUGAAGAGGAUGGCGCACGGUUUGCCAUCCUCUUCGGAGAGGAGGUGUCUGGUGUGACUGAUGUUGUGGAGGGAGAUCAUGGCUCGACGAUGAAGAAAGAGAAAGGCCUUAAAGUACCCAAGGAGGAGGUGGUCGAUACAGACUCAAGGUGGGAAAAGACGAAAGUGCGUGCGGGUUCAGGAGGCAAGGAACACCACAAAUGUAAGAUUGAGGAAGAGGACAUCCUGACCCACGAUGAUGCAAGCAAGAGGAGGAGGAUUGAAGAUCGGGACGUGACAGGCGACAUCGAUGCAGCCAAGGAGGAGUCCAGGGAUCGAUCUGUGGAGCAAUCUGUGAAGAAGGAGGAGGAGAGGGAGGAGAAGGAGAAGAGGGAGGAAAAGUGGGAGAAGGGGGAGAAGAGGGAGGAGGAAGAGGAAGAGGAAGGGGUGACGACGAAGAAGGAGAAGAAGGAGAAGGAGAAGAAGAAGAAGACGGAAAGGAAUAGAGGCGGGGAGGCCAACCACCAGGCAUCCAGGCUUACAAGUAUGUGGAGAAGAAGCUGCAGGGACAUAGUGAAGCUCAGAGACGCGCUCAUUCCCCGACACGUGUCGCCUGGCUGCGCUGCAGGGCUGAUGAUCAAUGGGCAGACGAUGCAGCAGCCGGAGUCGUCGUCAGAAGGCGAGGAUGAGGAGUCCAGGGAUCGAAUCGGAUCUGUGGAGCAAUCUGUGAAGGAGGAGGAGGAGAGGGAGGAGAAGAGGGAGGAGGAGAAGAGGGAGGAGAAGAAUGAGGAGAGGGAGGAGAAAAGGGAGGAGAAGAGGGAGGAGAAGGAGAAGAGGGAGGAGGAGAAGGAGAAGAGGGAGGAGGAGAAGCAGAAGAGGGAGGAGAAGAAUGAGGAGAGGGAGGAGAAGAGGGAGGAGAAGAGGGAGGAGAAGGAGAAGAGGGAGGAGGAAGACAAAAGCAACGAGGAAGAGGAAGAGGAAGGGGUGAAGAAGGAUGUCCUUUCGCUGAAGUCGGACGAUCGUAACUUGCGGAAGAAGCAAGAUGAUGACGACAACAACAACGAGGACGGAGGCAGAGGGGGUGGUAGUAGCACGCCGCCGGCUAUGGCCGAACGACGUGCUCCCGUGAGGAGGAGAGGCCGACCUUCUUCUUCUUCUGCAGCUGCUGUCGAGGAUGAGCUAUUACUACCUGAUGAGGAAAGAUGUACGAGAUCUGAUGGGAGGGCUUGGCGCUGCCGAGAGCCUCGAUAUGGCAGGAGGAGUUUAUGUCAGCGGCAUUAUGAGCACAGUUCAAGACCAAGACGAUCAGGCCGAGAGCGUCGAUCUGGCAACGACCCUGACACUACAAGUCCUAAGUCUUUCUGUCCAAAUCCAAAGCAUUCUGAGCAGCAAUCGUCGAAGAAAAAACUAUGUCCAAAGCAUUCUGAGCAAUCGUCGACGAAAAAACUGAAGAAAAAACUAAGUACUACCACGAGGACGAGAUCUAACGCGACGAGGCCUUCAAGUUGGCAUCGCAGCAGAGAGCUUCGAUCUGGCAAGAAGUCUUUGUGUGUGAAACAUUAUGAGCAGACGUCAACGAAUAAACUACUACUAUGUUCGAGAUCUGACGGGAGGAACUGGCGUUGCCGCGAGCCUUCAUAUGGCAAUCAGUCUUUAUGCCAGAAGCAUUACGAUCAAAUUUUGAAGAGACGAGAGUCCGAGUCACUAUGUCCGAAUGCGGAGAAGGCAGGGGGAACAACUCCAAGGGGCGACCCGGAGGAGGAGGUGAAAGCGUGGAAGAGUCCAGUGUCGUCUGCUGGAAGGAGGUCGGCCAAGGCGAGGGAGGUGGGGGAGGUGGGGGAGGUGGGGGAGGUGAGGGUAGAAGACCCGGGGCGCACGUGGGCAACAAACGCAGCUGAUAGCGACCAGGUACAAUGUUCGUUCUACAUUUGUGGGACGUCAACCACUCCGUGCGAGAGGGACGCUAUGCCCGGGCACCGGUUUUGUGCAAAGCAUACCCAUAAAUUUAAGGCUCAAGGUGCUGCUCUGGAAUUCGAUGCCCUAGUAGAUCAUCAGGAUCUGAUUCGUAGAGAAGGGCACAAUGUCAAUGUCAUCGGCCAUGAGGAAGAGAUCGGCGACUCCCGCCGCCGGCGCGCAAUGGGGGAUGGUCCCGGUGCUGUGUCGCCCCGUGAGGUGGGAGACGAUCGCGGGUUAAGAAAGGAGCAGAGGGAGGGGAUCCCGAUCAAGAACGACGCCACUGCUGCGCUGCAGAGGGAGGAGAGGAGGACCCCCAUUAAGGGGGAUGAUUCUUUGAAAACUGUGAUUGAUCUGCUUUUCUGCAUCUCUACGUGGAACACGUCCAGAUUCAGACACUUAUUCCAAUCGUCCUUGACAGUGGGAUCUGGCUCUAAAGGCGGUGAUGAGGGGGAGACGGCGGCAAUGGACAACACGGCGGCAGAGAUGGGGGCGGCGGUGGUGGCAAUGGAGGCGACCACGGUGAUGGUGGUGGGCGCGGCGAUGGGGGAGGCGGAUGCGAAGGUGGAGAUGGGGGGGGAGAAGAAGGGCGACGAGGAGGAAAAAGAGGAGGAAGAAGAGAAAGAGGAGGAGGAGGAGGAGAAGGAAGGGGAGAAAAAGGACAAGAAGGCGGUGGCUGCGAUGAUGGAGCCGGACUCGGCAAUGGAGGGGGAGGCGGCUGCGAAGGCCGAGAUGGGGGAGGAGAAGAAGGACGAGGUAGAUGAACAAGAGAAAGACGAGGAGGAGUGGAGAUGGUCGAGAAAAAGGAUGAGGAAGAAGAAGAGGAAGAAGAAAAAUAAGGAGGACGAGGAAGGAGAAGAAGAAGAAGAAAAAGAUAAGGAGGACGAGGAAGGAGAAGAGAAGGAGGACGACGAAGCAGAAGCGGUGGACACGGAGGAUGAGGAAAGGAAAAGGUCGAGGAGGAGGAAAAGAGGAGGACAAGGACAAGGUGGAUAAAGGUCUCUCUCUCUCUCUGUCUCUCUCUCUGUCUCCCUCUCUCUCUGUCUCUCUCCCUCUCUGUCUCUCUUUCUCUCUCCUCCCUCUCUCUCUAUCUUCGUGGACAGCUCUCUCUCUCUCUCUCUCUCUCUCUCUCUCUCUCUCUCUCU